GCACGCUGAUCGUGAAGAGUCAUCAAUAUUGCCCCUGAUCUCUGCUGGCUUUACAAGGCGAUAUGUAGAAAAUUCUAAUAUAAUGGCCUGUUACAAUGAGUUGAUUCAGCUGGAAUUUGGAGAGGUGCAGGCACAAUUCAAACUAAGGGCGUGUAAUUCAUUAUUUACAGCAUUAGAGAAAAGUCAAGAAGCCAUUGAGAUCACAAGUGAAGACCAUGUAAUACAGUACGUCAAUCCUGCUUUUGAAACAGUGAUGGGCUAUCAAAUAGGUGAACUAAUAGGAAAGGAAUUAACAGAAGUGCCUAUAAAUGAAAAAAAAGCUGAUUUCCUAGAUACUAUUAAUUCCUGCAUAAAGAUAGGAAAGGAAUGGCAAGGAAUGUACUAUGCGAAAAAGAAAAAUGGAGAUAGCAUACAACAAAAUGUGAAGAUACUACCUGUUGUUGGACAGGGAGGAAAGAUUAGACACUAUGUGUCAAUUAGUAGACUGUGCAAUGACAACAAUAAGGCAGAGAAGACAUGUGAACGUGUUCAGGCUGAAUCUCAGACAGAUAUUCAGACCUGCAGACACAAAGACAGGAGGAAAGGAUCACUAGAUGUCAGAUCCACAACAUCACGAGGGAGUGAUGGCAGCUCACAAAGGCGGCACUCUUCUAUGGCCAGGAUACAUUCCAUGACUAUUGAAGCACCCAUCACCAAGGUAAUAAACAUCAUCAAUGCUGCACAAGAGAGCAGUCCCAUGCCAGUUGCAGAAGCUUUAGACCGGGUCUUGGAGAUUUUAAGAACCACUGAAUUGUACUCUCCACAACUGGGGACAAAAGAUGAGGAUCCACAUACCAGUGACCUUGUUGGAGGGUUAAUGACAGAUGGUUUACGAAGAUUAUCAGGGAAUGAAUACAUAUUGUCAGCAAAACAAACUCAUCAGGUCGCUGGCAGUUUGAUCUCUCCAAUCUCCCUCAAUGACAUACCCCCACGGAUAACACAGGCAAUGGAAAAUGAAGAACACUGGGAUUUUGAUAUCUUUGAACUCGAGGCUGCCACCCAUAAAAGGCCUUUGGUUUAUCUGGGUCUCAAAAUAUUUGCUCGCUUUGGAAUCUGUGAAUUCCUAAACUGUUCAGAAUCAACUCUGAGGUCAUGGUUACAAGUUAUUGAAGCUAACUACCAUUCCUCCAACUCCUACCAUAAUUCUACUCAUUCAGCAGAUGUACUACAUGCCACUGCUUAUUUCUUGUCUAAAGAAAGAGUGAAGCAAACUUUGGAUCCGAUUGAUGAGGUUGCUGCACUCAUUGCUGCCACAGUUCAUGACGUGGAUCACCCAGGAAGAACAAAUUCUUUCCUGUGCAAUGCUGGCAGUGAGCUAGCAAUUCUCUACAAUGACACCGCAGUGCUGGAGAGCCAUCAUGCUGCCCUGGCUUUCCAGCUCACCACCCGGGAUGACAAAUGCAAUAUAUUUAAGAACAUGGAGAGGAAUGAGUAUCGAACCCUUCGCCAAGCCAUUAUUGACAUGGUCUUAGCAACAGAAAUGACAAAGCACUUUGAGCAUGUCAACAAGUUUGUCAACAGCAUUAAUAAACCCUUGGCAGCGCUAGAAGAAAAUGGGAAUAAUGGUGAUGGAGAGUCAAUCAAAACUGUUCUCACGUCUCCUGAAAACCGUAUCCUUAUCAAGCGCAUGUUGAUAAAGUGUGCUGACAUUUCCAACCCAUGCAGACCCAUAGAGCAGUGUAUAGAGUGGGCCGGACGCAUCUCUGAGGAGUACUUUGCACAGACUGAUGAAGAAAAGAGGCAAGGUUUACCUGUUGUGAUGCCAGUUUUUGACAGAAAUACUUGCAGCAUCCCCAAAUCCCAAAUAUCAUUCAUUGAUUACUUCAUUACUGAUAUGUUUGAUGCCUGGGAUGCGUUUGCAGACCUGCCAAAUUUGAUGCAGCAUCUGGAUAAUAACUUUAAAUACUGGAAAGGACUAGAUGAAAGGAAGCUGCGGAGCCUUCGACCACCACCAGAAUAGCAAUUAGACCAUGGUGUGUAAUUUACUAACCAGAUGCAUAUUUAUUCAAGCUCACUUUUAUUCCUGUGAUUUCAGAUUUGUUUUGGUCUCUUCAGUAUUACAGUAAGGCUAGCCCAUGCGCUUGGGGAACUUUCAAAUUCAAGAGAACAUGAGGUCAGCAGUUGACUUCCACAAACUACCGUGUGUGGACUCCAAUGAAGUGAGUCCGUCAAGAGGAAUUACACUGGAUCACUGCAGUAAUUGUACUGAAGAGGGUUUAUUAGUGAACAUAGUUUUACGGUAUCUUCAUACCAGUAUGUGAAGCUGGA